AUGACAUCCGCUAUUCGACCACGUCUUUUAAUACUUCAUCAAAUGCCUUCACAGUUUAUUCGUCCACUCGAACGUGUAUUUGAUCUUGAUUAUAAAGAUACGUCAGUACCUGUAACCCGUGAACAAAUUCUAUCUCGUAUACGUGCUAAUCCACCUGAUGCAAUGCUUUUCCCAGGAGGAAUAAAAAUCGACAAAGAAGUUUUGUCAACAGCUGGUGACAAACUUAAAAUGUUAGCAACAUUUUCAGUUGGAUAUAAUCAUAUUGAUCUAAAAGAAUGUCAAAAACGUGGUAUAUCAAUUGGAUAUACACCCGGUGUAUUAACAAAUGGAGUAGCUGAUUUAGGUGUUGCAUUAUUAUUAGCAACAUCAAGAAGAAUUAGUGAAGCUAUGAAAAAAGCCCGAAAUGGUGAAUGGGGUAAAUCAUCAGAUAUAAUGUGGAUGUGUGGUAAACCUUUAGCGAAUUCAACUAUUGGUAUUGUUGGCUUAGGUCAAAUUGGUUUAGCUAUUGCACGUCGUUUACAAGCAUUUUCUAUUCAACAAAUUCUCUAUAGUGGCACACGUGAAAAACAAUUUGAUUCUGAAGAUGAUAAAAAAUUAUUUAAAUUUGUUCAAUUCGAAAAAUUAUUAAAUCAAUCUGAUUUUGUUAUUAUUGCCUGUGCAUUGAAUGAAAAAACAGAAAAUAUGUUUAAUAAACAAGCUUUUGAACAAAUGAAAAAUGAUGCUAUUUUAAUUAAUAUUGCACGAGGUGGAAUUGUUGAUCAAGAGGCAUUAUAUGAUGCAUUAAAAAAGGGUCAAAUUCAAGCAGCAGGGUUGGAUGUUACUACUCCUGAACCAUUACCACUUGAUCAUCCACUGCUCACACUUGAGAAUUGUACGAUAUUUCCACAUAUUGGUAGUGCUGAUGAAUCUGCACGUCAUCAAAUGGCACAAGUAUGUGUUGAUAAUUUACUCAAUUUUUUUAGUGGCAAACCAAUGGUUCAUCAACUUAAAAUAGACAAUCUUUAG